AUGGCUCGUGGGAGAGGGAGAGGGCGAGGGCGGCCACGUUUGGUGCCACCGUCAACCACCAAUCCAACGGUGACUGACCAGAAUACUGCGAAUAAGGAUCACUAUGGGAUUGACGAAUUGCAAGCUGCCAAUUUGGAGUGCGAAAGCCAGUCGGGGGAGGAAGCAGGGACAACUGAUACCGAAACCCUAAAUCAAGUGAUUACUGAAGAAGCCAAGAAGGGGGUGGAAGUGAGCCAACCAAAGAAGCUCUAG